AUGAACACCAUGGAGCUUCCGGAUCACAUCAACUUCCCCAAGAUGGAGGAAGAGAUAAUGAAGUACUGGGAUGACAUCAAAGUGUUUGAUCAGUGCAACGAACUGACAAAAGACCGCCCCAAAUUCACUUUUUAUGAUGGGCCACCUUUUGCAACAGGUCUUCCACAUUAUGGCCACCUCUUAGCUGGGACUAUAAAGGAUACUGUCUGCAGAUAUGCAAUUCAGACUGGCCAUCGAGUCGACAGGAAAUUUGGAUGGGAUACCCAUGGUCUUCCCAUUGAGUUUGAGAUCGACAAGAUCUUAGGCAUUCACACCACUGACGAAGUCUUGAAAUAUGGUAUUCCAAAUUACAACAGAGAGUGCAGAAACAUUGUCAUGCGCUAUUCAGAGGAGUGGAAGAAAGUGGUCUGGAGGACUGGACGUUGGAUUGAUAUGGACCACGCCUAUAAGACUAUGGACAUCAGUUUUAUGGAAUCCGUCUGGUGGGUAUUCAAGCAAUUAUAUGAGAAACAGUUAGUUUAUAGAGGAUUGAAGGUGAUGCCAUUCUCCACUGGGUGCUGCACUCCACUCUCCAAUUUUGAAGCUGGUCUUUCUUAUAAAGAUGUCAGUGAUCCUACUGUCACUAUGACAUUCCCUGUAGUCGGAGAAGAGAACACCUCAUUCUUGGGAUGGACCACAACCCCAUGGACACUUCCAUCCAACCUUGCCUUGUGUGUUAAUGCCAAUUACGAUUACGUCAAGUUCUAUGAUGAAAAGACUAAACAUAAUUACUACAUGUUAGAGUGUCGAAUGGCGUCUCUUCCAGACGCUAAGAAAGCAAAGAGGACCAUCAUCGCAAAGAUGAAAGGAAAGGAUUUGGUCGGCAAACACUACGUCCCAUUGUUCCCUUAUUUCAAAGACUUAGAAGGGUGCUUCAGAGUCGUUUCUGAUGAUUACGUCGACAACACUUCUGGUACUGGAAUAGUCCACCAAGCUCCUGGUUUUGGUGAAGACGAUUAUCGAGUCUGUUUGGCCAACGGUGUCAUUUCAAAAGGAACAAAAUUGGUCUGCCCAAUCGAUUUCUCUGGUAACUUUACAGACGAAGUGACUGAUUACAAGGGAAGAUAUAUUAAAGACUGUGAUAAAGACAUCAUCGACAGAUUGAAGAAGGAAGGAAGAGUCUUCGACUCAAGACCAAUGGUCCACUCCUAUCCAUUCUGUUGGAGAAGUGAUACUCCUUUGAUCUACAGAGCAAUCCCCUCAUGGUUUGUCAACGUCGAGUCUUUCAAGGACAAAUUAGUUGAGAACUCCAAACAGACGUAUUGGGUCCCCGAGAACAUUCGUGAAGGGCGCUUCCAAAAUUGGUUGUCCAAUGCUCGUGACUGGGCCAUUUCCAGAAAUAGAUUCUGGGGAACUCCAAUUCCAAUUUGGACGGAUGACGCAUUCAGUGAAUUUGUCUGUGUUGGGUCCGUUCAAGAGUUAGAAGAAUUGACUGGCCAGAAGAUCACUGACUUACACAGAGAGUACGUCGAUGACUUGGUAAUAGAAAAGAAUGGGAAGAAGCUUCACAGAAUCACUGAAGUCUUUGAUUGUUGGUUUGAGUCUGGUUCGAUGCCUUAUGGCCAAGCGCACUAUCCAUUUGAAAAUGUCGAAGAGUUUAAGAAUUCGUUCCCCUGUGAUUUCAUCGCUGAAGGUAUUGAUCAGACAAGAGGUUGGUUCUAUUCCCUCUUAGUCUUAUCCACUGCUUUAUUCGACAAACCACCAUUCAAGAAUUUAAUAGUAAAUGGCUUAGUAUUAGCUUCUGAUGGAAAGAAAAUGUCCAAACGAUUGAAGAAUUAUCCAGACCCCGUCGAGAUGAUCGAUUUGUAUGGUGCUGAUGCUUUAAGACUUUCUUUGAUCAACUCUCCUGCGGUCCGAGCAGAGACUGUCAAGUUCCAAGAGAAGACUUUGAAGGAAUUGAUUUCAAGCAUAUUCCUUCCAUGGUUCAAUACUAUGAAAUAUUUGCAGCAAUCCUUCAAGCCUGGAAUGAAGAUAAUGGCAAUCGACAAAAUAGAAGGAAUCAAUGAUAUGGACAAAUGGAUUCUUUCCUCUUUAAUGUCGCUUGUGAAAAAGGUCAGAGAAGAGAUGAAGAAGUUUAGAUUGUACACUGUCGUAGCACCUUUGGUUGAUUUAUUGGUCACUUUGUCGAAUUGGUACAUCAAAUUGAAUAGAAAGAGGUUUAGAGGGGAGAGUGGAUUAACUUCGUGUUCUGUUUUAUAUCAUUGCCUUAAGAUCAUGGCUGUAUUAAUGGCUCCAUUCACACCUUUCUUCUCGGAGUUCUGUUACCAAAAGCUCCAGAACUAUCCUUUGAAUUACGAAGAAGAGAAGUUCGCUUCAGUCCACUUCUGCCAAAUCCCAGAGCCGACUGAGAAGUACCACGACGCAAAAUUGGAGGAAACAGUCGAAGCACUGAAAAAGAUCAUUGAGUUAGGAAGAGUCGCUCGUGACAAAAAGACUUUGCCAUUGAAGCAGCCAUUAAGGAAAUUGACUAUCAUUCACAGUUCAAAAGAGUUCUUGGCCGACUUAAUGAAGUUCAAGGAAUACAUUUUAGUCGAAUUGAAUGUCGAAGACGUGAUCACUACGACUGAACAAGGACAGUACAUUGCACUCUCAUUCGCUCCAGAAAAGGGUGUUAUUGGCAAGAAGUAUAGAAAGGAUGGGAAGAGGUAUUGCGACUACUUCGAGAAGUUAGGCAGAGAUGAAGUUUUGAAGUUUAUGGAGACUGGAACAAUCGAGUAUGACGGUAAGACCUUCACUGACGAAGACCUUAAAGUCCACAGACAAUUCACUGGUGAUACGACUAUUGAAGAACCAAUGUGGGAAAAGGACGUGUUAAUCUUAUUGGACAUCGUCAGAGACAAGGCUCUUAUCGAGAAAGGAAUUUGCAGAGAAGUUAACAACAGAGUCCAGAAGUUACGUAAAGACGCUGGCCUUAAAGUUCAAGACAAUGUCGUUGUCUUGUAUUCGUAUGACGACAAGAACCACGAGGCAAUUGACGAGGCUAUCAAUGAACAGAAAGAGUUCCUCAAGACUUAUGGCGUCAUUUUGAAACAGAAAGAAGACACCGACAAGCCAAUGUUCGACCAGAACGUCACUCUCAAGUGUGUCACUGAUUCCAUCCAUUUGUGGCUCGUUAAACUUAAUUAA